UCGGCCGCCAUGACAAAGUCUCGAACGCUCUCGACGGCGCUCCUCCUUCCCACGCUCGCCACGGCGUACAGCAACGCCGCACAGCCCGUGCCCGUGCUCGCGUGCACCGAGGCCCUCUGACCCGGCUGCGCCCAGUUCUCCACCGGCCCGCUCGUCGAGGCCGUGGAGAAGGUCGGCGCAAUCAUGAACGUGACGCUCGUUCCGUUCGGCAACGCCAAGUACAACGGCGGCGUUCUGACCUGCCAGCACGGGCCCAACGAGUGCACGGCUAACUCGUACGAGCAGUGCGCUAUCGAUGAGUACCCAGCCUUCAAAGUGCACUUCCCGUACUUUACGUGCCUCGAGUCGGCCUUCCUCAAGGGGACGGAGGACAUCGCCGCGACCUCGGCCAAGUGCGCGAGCGCCGCAGAGAUGGACGCGACCAAGCUCGACGCGUGCGUCAAGGACGCGCCGCGCGCCGCCGCCCUGCAGCGCAAGUACUUCGCGCUGACCCCCUCCGACCACAAGUACACGCCUUGGGUGGUUGUCGGGGGCAACCUCUCCAAGUCGUCCGGCUCUAAACUGACCGAGGAGGUCUGCAAGGCGUACAAGGGGCCGGCGCCCGCGGCGUGCGCUGCCGAGGUACUCGCCAAGGCGGGGCGCGUCCCGGCCGACGUCCAGCCGUGCGCCGCUCCCUAGCGAGGCCACUGCAGUGGCGGUGUAUAGUAUCAAGCCACGCGCCGGUCUACGGCGCCGGGCGAGUGCAGCUCUGGUGCGGCGGGGGCGAAGCUUCGCGCGACAUGACGGCGUUCCGUGCUGGAAACCUCGUUCCGGCGCUCUCGCUUUCCCCGUCCCGCACAGCGUGGAAGGGGUCUGCGAGGGCCGGCGGCAUGGGCGCCCGAUAUUGCGAUCGCGAGGUGGACUGUUCCUGCUCACAAGAGCUGCACGUCGCGCGCUCUCGUGUGUGACCGGCGUCGCAUUAUUGGCUCUACAUUUAUAAACAGAACGUCUAUGGUCACCUGAGAUGUGC